AUGAUGACUGAACCUAUUGGAAAGAAUACUGAAAUUAAGAGAAUUACUUUACCACCAAUCCCAGAUGGAAUUUCGAAGAGCCAAUGGAAAAAAAUCUGCAAAAGAAAGAGAUGGGAAGAAACAAAAGCUGAGUAUUCUAAGGUACGUAGAGAUAAGAGAAAGGCUGCCCGUGCCAAAAGAAGAGCCAUUAUUCAAGGUUAUCUAGAUCGUGGGGAAGAAUUACCGGAUGAAUAUAAAUCUACUCCUAAACUAAAUCACAACCAAAGUGAUUCUGGGAUCAAAAUCAUUAUGGAUUGUGCUUUUGAUGAGUUGAUGAACGAUAAGGAAAUCACAAGUAUGACAACUCAAAUUACAAGAUCAUAUGCUAGUAACAGAAGAGAGAAUCAUUAUGCAGAUAUUAAAAUAACUUCAUUUAACAAAAGAGUAAAAGCGAGAUUUGAUAAGGAACUAAAAAGUUCUCGUUAUGAAACUUGGGAUCAUUUCGAAUUUUUACCAGAUGAUUCUUUAAUUACUGGUAAAGAUGUUGAUAAAUCCAAAAUGAUCUAUCUAACAGCAGAUACUGAUGACACGUUGGAAACUUUAGAGCCUGGAAUGACUUAUAUAGUAGGUGGUAUUGUUGAUAAAAACAGACAUAAAUUUUUAUGCUACAAUAAGGCAAAAGAAUUGGGCAUUCGCACCAAAAGACUUCCUAUCGACGAAUACGUCAAAAUAUCCAGUGUAAAAGUUUUAACUACUACUCAUGUCAUCCAUUUAAUGCUAAAGUACUUUGAUAAUAAAGAUUGGAAAGAAGCAUUCGAAAGUAUUCUUCCAACUAGAAAAUUGGAGGAUUGGGAUACAAUUGAUAAGGAGGAUGAUAAUGUUGAAAAAGAGCAAGAAGUACUGGAAGUAGAAGAAAGUGAUGAAGAAAAAGAGCAAGAAUAA